AUGCAGUUGUUAUCGAUGAACGUUUUUACACUGAACGAUUUAGUGCUUUUUUUGAUCAAUAAAAAUGUGCUGUGCAACAUCAUUUUAAUUUUAAUUUACCGCUUGUUCGUUAAAGGCCACAAGGUUGUUCUCAAACCGAGGAAAAAGAAGAUUGUGUCAAAGACAUUGCCAAAAAUUGCUCCGAAAAAACCAAUUGAUUUCGGCAUUGAUCUCGAAACACCACCUCACCAAUUUAACCCAAAAGUCGACGACAAUUGCAAUCAUUCGUCGGAAAAUCCAGUGCUCGUUGGUAGCAUCGGUGCUCAACAAAACGGAAACGAUUUUUUAGAGGACGCUGAUCUAAACGAUCUACCUGAGGAGUGUGCUGCUAAAAAAUUUAAGUUGUGUGAGCCAGUAACAAGUGUUAACGCUGGUCAGCAUUGUGAAAAUGAGAAUGGGCAUAAGACUGCCGGAAAUGUUCAAUCGUCGAAAUUGACGUAUUCUGUUGAAUGUGUUGAAGCUGAGAAAGAUGACGAUUUAUCAGGCGAUACUGAUUUGGAUGGUCCGCACAAGCGCACUUCUGCGCGGUUCACUGAAAAUUGUGGUUAUGAACAUGGGGCGCCUUGUGAAACGGAAGACGUCCAAACUGAUGGGAAAAAACGAACGAUUUCCGACAAGUUGUCUGAAAAUCUCGAAAUCGAGCAGUCCGCAUCGAGUUCACGAUCACAAGUGAAUGGAGACACAAGCGUGACUGAUGGAGAAGAACGAGUCGAUGAUCAAGAUGGAAGAAAAAUUACAAUACUCAGAAUAGAAGCACUCAGUCCCAAUCGAUCGUACCGUACAUUUACAGACGUUGAUUCAAAUGAGGACACAAGCAGUCUUACAUGUCUACCGAAGGAAAGUGAUGGUUUAGUAGAAGCGAUUAAUAUCGAAGCUCUCGUGAAGGGUGGAAACCCAGUGUGGGAAGAGAUCAUUUCGAAAUACGAACUGUACGGAUCAUUGAGCAAAAAAAAUCGAAAAUCAGUAAAUGAAGCUAUCGUUCAGUUUGCUCGAGUAAAGGAUAUAUACAUGGAUAUAUCUGUAAUGGAAAGUGUAUCCUAUCAAAUCUGCAAACUUUUUCCAACGGAGGCGACGACCAAUUACAUUAUGCACAACGGCAAAGGAUAUUCGGGAUCGCUAUAUAAUCUGUAUCACCGUAAACGAAGCAACGAUAUUAAGGAGAAAAAAGAACUACUUCGAGACGAAUUGGUCGAAGCUGAUUUUGAUGUACUUGAGCCCACCGAGUCAAUCAACAUGUUAAAAUGUGAUGGUCAUGACGACGAUGUUUACAUCGACAACUGGAAGAUGAGCUUCGAUUACCGUCAAAAGAAAAUGUCUGAAUACGACUCAUUCGACGACUUUAUACAUGAGUGGCCUAUAAUAAAAAAAGAGAUAGGAAUGUCGUUGAUCAAUUUGGACUUUAUAAAAAUCCACGGAAACAGAGCAGUGCCAUCCAACAAUUGGAAUUUAUUUUUUUCCAAUAAUUGGAAAUAUAUCGUAAGCAGUAUAAACGCCAAAGGGCAGUGUUUUGCGAACAAAGUACAUAAGCUCAAAGAAUCAUCAGCGAAAGAUGCAGCAUUGUCGCUCGUGCUGCAUUAUUUACUGCCACCAGCGUUUGCUGUUGGUCAGUGGAAACCCACAUACAAGGACUCUCAGGACACAUUCCUAAAAUUUAUUAAAAAUGAGUCAAUGGAAGCAGUAAUCAAUGCGCGGAACGAGACUUGCAUGAAUCGAGGAAUCAAGUGGCAUCCGUAUAUAAUAGGACAGGGACGAUCCGCCAGAAAAAUUAAAACUUUCAUUGUUGUCAUUCACGACACACAAAUUCCAUGCGAAGACUUUUUGACUGCACUGCAGUAUUGCUUAUAUUUGUUUAUAUUGCUGGACAUUCCGUACCCACCAGAGUCAAAAGCUGUUUGGUUGUUGGUAAAUCGACUCUUUUUGAAUGUAAAAGUGGAGUCUCUCUUAACUUCCAGAAUAUGUCAGCUAAUUAAUGACCUAAAAUAAAAUUGUUUGCUUAUCCAAAUUGUAAAUAAAACAAUUUGCUAUUUGAAUAAUAAAGCACCACGUAUCA